AUGUCAUCGAACGAAAUACACACUAUGCAAACACUUCGGACAACCAUAUCAUUAUACGACAACCGCUAUCAACUUGGACUUCUGUGGAUACCAAAUUCAAAUCUUCCCAACAACUAUAAAGCAGCAUUUGCCCAAUACAACUGGAUGCAAACACAACCUAACGAGAAUUCAGAAAAAUUGGCUCUCUGCGAGAAUACAAUUGACCAGGAUCUCAGCAAGCACUACAUGAGGAAAUUAGAGCCAGACGAAAUACCUUCGAGAGGUUGGAUUUUACCUGAACAUGGCAUUAUCAACCCAAACAAGCCAGGAAAUUUUCGCCUUGUUUCCAAUGCCAAAUCCAAUUUUAAAGGAAUAUGUCUGAAUGAUAUGCUUCUCACUGGACCUGACUUUCUCUGCAAUCUACUAGGAGUAAUUACCCGAUUUCGCAAACGGAAGCAUCCCAUCACCCCCGACAUUGAAGGGAUGUAUAUGCAGGUUUCUGUUAACCCCGAAGACAGAAAAUUUCUUCGUUUUCUCUGGGGAGCGGAAGAACCCGAAAUUUUUGAGUACUUUCGAUUCGCCUUUGGAGCCAAAUGUUCUUCUGCUUGUGCUUCUGAGAGCCAUCCCCACAUGAAAAAACUUGUCUACGAGAACUUCUACAUGGAUGACUUCUUCGAAGCCACCGACGAUAAUGACACAGCAGUGAAAAUCAUAGAAGACCUUCGACACUUACUACAACAAAGAAGCUUCAACCUGACGAAUUGGAUCACUACGGAUCAUAGAAUUCUGCAAACAAUACCAGAAGAACAUAGAUCCAUCACCGUAGACGAAAUCAUGGACCCCAAAAUCUUCAAGCGAAUUCUCGGAAUAAAUUGGAGAGUAACUAACGAUACACUCAGUUUCACUACUGACAAAUUACACGAACUCGCCCAGAAAAAACCUACACAACGGAAUCUACUUCGCGCAGCUUCUUCAAUCUUUGACCCAACUGGAACUGAAGCACCUAUUUCUAUUCGACUACGAAUAACCCAGCCAGCAAUUUGGAGAAAAGGAGUGAAAAUGGACGACCAAAUUUUACGAGAAAUGAUACCUGAACUUUUUGAGCUUCUCGACGAGAAAAACAACAUAGAGACAGUAGAAAUACCUCGACACUGUUUCGGAUACAGCUAG